AAACAAUGCAAAAUUAUAAUUAAUUCUAUUAUUGGCAUAUCUUAAUACUAUGUAUUAUAAGAAAGUGAUCUAAUUUUUGCUAAAAUCAUUUUUCGAGGUCUUUUUCCUUUUCUGACAGUGAAAAUGGACUCUGAAAGCACCGUCCUGCCCAAAAUGAUUUCCGACAAUAUAAUUGACCCUACCGGCUUCGAUGUAACUAUAAGUGCUCUCUUGGUUGGAUUAGGGGCUGAGAAGUACUUAUCUAUUUUCAGGAAACACAAUAUUGGACAAUGUACCCUUAUGGAAUUAAAUGAUGAAGAUUUGAUUAAAUUAGGAGUAGAUGACAAAAUUAUAAGAGGGAAACUUUUAAGUGAAGUUAAAAACUUACCUAUAUACCAAGAAACAGUGCUCCAAACGUCAAAUAAUUCUUCACACUUGGGCCCAAUAGAGAUUAUUGAUAUUUUGGAGGAGAGUUCUCAGCAGUUGUACCGAAUAUACCUCAGUAUGAUGGCCAACUCAAUAGCACUCAAGAAAUCUAAGAAAGUUACAGAUUGUUUAUUACACCAAGACAAAUAUGCAUCUGAUGUAUGCCUCACCACCCUUAGUCAUAUGACCAAUAUAUUGAAUUCAAUGGAUAUUGCCUUGCAUACAAAAUUCAAGGUGUUAACUUCAAAGUCAAAUAGUAAUAGAAAAAAGAAGAUAGUUGUGGGAACAGUGGGCAGUGCUGCCAUUAUAGUAUUAUCUGUGUUAUUUGUCCGUUCAUUGAGGGAAAUCUAAGUUCCUAAAGACAUUUAUUUGUUAUUAAACUGUUUUGUAAAGAUUUUUAAUAGUUUAAGAUACCAUUUGAUAUGGAAACAUAUCCAUGUUAAUUAAAAAAACAAUAAAUACCUCAAAAUACUUGAACAUCCUGAA